AUGGCCGAAGCUGCACUACCCCUUUUUCUCGCCAGCGAUGAAGCAGCUCAAUGGAACAAAGAUGCGAAUUUUAAGCUCCAAAUCGAUCCCCGGACGCUGGACGAUCUCCGCAACAUACCUAGGAGGGAACCAGAAGUCAUUCUCUUAUCCGAGUCUCCAAAGAAGUACACUCGCAAAAUCACAACGGCAAUAAGCCAUAAGAUUGAAACAGAUGCACAGACAUAUAUACCUAAAACUCAGCAUCGUCCCGAUUUCCGCAUCAGUCCGGAAUUUUGCCGGGACUGCCACUGUUGUCUUCGAUCUAUCGGUGGGGGGGAGGGGCCGAAGUCAAAUUCGAGAGUCUCAGAAGAACUGCUCAUUAUCUCAGUUAAGCAUCCCUUGUGGGAUCCAUCCAAGCUCUGGGAAAGUUCUGUUCGAGAUGUUGUGGUCCCGGGCAGCGAGGGCAUUGUUGCAAAAGUCACCACUAGAAAUGAUGAUUAUACGGAACGUACGAUCAUUCAAUAUCUCGCAGAGCAUCCACCUGGUAUUUCUGUUUCAAGUACUCAUAGUCUGAUAGCGCUCGGACCAUUCUGCGUUGUUUUCAUUACAUACUCGGGCAUGACAUUGACUCAAGCCGGGCCCGCCAUGACGCACGAGGACAAGUUAGCCAUACAAGCCAGCUUGAGGACAUCUUCUAGCAGGCAUGAAGGCUCUACCUACGAGCAGGAGUUAGGGUUCAUCCAUGGUGAUGUAUGGAUAGACAAUAUCAUGGUGAAACAGGAUACCUACAAUAAGGGCAGCAACCGUGUCUCGGGAAUUAUUGACUGGGAUACUCUGCAUCUGUUUGAAGCCCAUGACUGGUGUCUUUAUCUACCAGAUACUAUCUCACCUCUGCGAUCCCCUGUACGUUGGCUGGUUGAUCGGCUCUGGGAACUUCAUCUUAUACAACGGUAG